GGAGGAUGCUGCGCUUUACCUUUGGUGCAUUCUUGCCACCUUUUCGCCCAGCACACACUGCCUCUGACUCAGACUCACCCUCAUCUUUCACUUGUCUCCGACUAAAGGACUUGAGAGAGGAGGUGGAGAGAGAAACGAACAACAUACUGGAGCUCCGGAGUUCUCACCACAGGUUCCCAGACCGAGAAAACGGCAUGAGACAAGAACGGAACAGAAACUGCUCCUCCUCUGUGGUGGAAACUACUAACACCUCAGCAGUGACCACCUCCUCUUCUACGGGUUUCCCUGCCUCUUUUUCAACUCUCUCGGCUCCGAGAUCUAUGUGGCAAGAGGCGAUGAAGAGGAAACAGUAUUUACUUGACCGUGCAGGGGUGUCUGGUGAAGUGGAUAAAGGAGGAGGCAGAGAGGAGAAGAGGAACAGGUCCCCGGACUGGUUAUAUGAAUCCUACUACUGUAUGAGCCAGCAGCAUCCUCUCAUUGUGUUUUUACUUCUCAUAGUGAUGGGAGCCUGCCUGGCUCUGCUGACUGUGUUUUUUGCUUCAGGGCUGAGCAUCGCAGACCAUGUGGCCUUUGUAAUCACCGUGCCCACAGCACUGGCUAUAUUCCUGACGGUGUUUGUGCUUGUCUGCAUUGAGUCUGUCUUCAAGAAGCUUUUGCGUGUUUUUUCCUUGGUCAUCUGGGCUUGCUUGGUUGCAAUGGGCUACCUUUUUAUGUUUUCUGGUGGAAUCGUGUGUCCAUGGGAUCAGGUAUCCUUCUUCCUGUUCAUUGUGUUUGUGGUUUACACCAUGCUGCCGUUCUCCAUGCGGGAAGCCAUCAUCGCCAGCGUCCUGACCUCCGCCUCUCACACCAUUGUGCUGAGCGUCUGCUUGUCCACAACAGCUGAUCACAUGGAGGCAGUAGUUUGGCAGAUUUUAGCCAAUGUUAUUAUUUUUGUUUGUGGGAACAUGGCUGGGGCGUACCACAAGCAUCUGAUGGAGUUGGCACUGAAGCAGACCUACCAAGACACCUGCAACUGCAUCAAGUCCCCUAUUAAACUGGAGUUUGAAAAGAGACAACAGGAACGUCUUCUUUUGUCUCUACUGCCAGCUCACAUUGCUCGUGUAAUGAAAGCUGAGAUCAUUCAGAGGCUGAAGGGACCGAACUUUGGCCAGAUUGAGAACACAAACAACUUUCACAACCUCUACGUCCAGAGGCACACUAAUGUCAGCAUCCUUUAUGCAGAUAUUGUUGGAUUCACACGUCUGGCUAGUGACUGCUCACCGGGAGAACUGGUGCACAUGCUGAAUGAGCUGUUUGGCAAAUUUGAUCAAAUUGCAAAGGAAAAUGAAUGUAUGCGAAUCAAAAUUCUUGGCGACUGUUACUACUGUGUCUCUGGCCUCCCGGAGUCCUUGCCAAACCACGCUAAAAACUGUGUGAAAAUGGGUCUGGACAUGUGUGAAGCUAUCAAAAAAGUACGGGAUGCUACAGGUGUCGACAUCAACAUGCGUGUGGGCGUACAUUCAGGAAAUGUGCUGUGUGGCGUUAUUGGACUUCAAAAAUGGCAGUAUGAUGUUUGGUCACAUGACGUUACACUGGCCAAUCAUAUGGAGGCAGGAGGUGUACCAGGGCGUGUUCACAUCACAUCAGUGACGCUGGAACACCUAAAUGGUGCUUAUAAGGUUGAGGAUGGAGAUGGACAAGAGAGAGACCCUUACCUAAAGGAACAUGGUGUCAUCACUUAUCUUGUUAUCAACCCAAAGGUGGAGCGUUGGAGUCCGCAGCAUUAUUAUCGGCCCAGACACACACUGGAUGGAGCUAAAAUGAGAGCCUCAGUCAGGAUGACUCGGUACCUGGAGUCGUGGGGAGCAGCCAAGCCCUUUGCUAACCUGCACCACAGAGACAGCAUGACAAAUGAGAAUGGCAAGAUUAGCACCUCUGACGUGCCGAAGGGGCAGUAUAAUUUCCAGAGGAGAUCGGAACGGACAAAAUCUCAGAAGAAACGGUUUGAAGAGGAAUUCAAUGAACGGAUGAUCAGGACGUUUGAUGGAAUAAAUUCACAAAAACAGUGGCUCAAGUCUGAGGACAUUCAAAGAAUAUCACUGUUUUUUCACAACAGAUCCUUGGAGAAAGAGUACAGAGCAACAACCUUGCCUGCCUUUAAAUACUACGUCACCUGCGCUUGUUUGAUCUUUUUCUGCAUUUUUGUUGUGCAGAUCUUGGUUCUGCCAAAAACGGCUGUUUUAGGAAUAUCAUUUGGAAUGGCCUUCCUCACCCUCUCCUUGAUAAUCUUCAUAUGUUUCAUUGGACACCUAUUGCACUGCAAUAAAAGUGCAUCUACUUCUUGGAUGUGGCUGCUGAGGUCAUCGGUUAUUAUUGCCAACAAGCCUUGGCCUCGCAUCACUCUCACCAUGACAACCACUGCUCUAAUACUCAUAAUGGCAGUCAUCAACAUGUUCUUUUUGGAAGACGACCUAUCACCUCCAGUUUUGCUUUACAACUCCUCUAAUGAAACUCUGCUUUACCCUGCUGGGCAGCUUAUACACUUCUCUGGCAAAAACAAUUAUUACCUCCCUUAUUUAAUUUACAGUUGCAUCCUGGGCCUGAUCUCUUGCUCGGUGUUUCUGAGGAUAAACUAUGUGCUGAAGAUGAUUAUAAUGUUGACUGCAGUGGUGAUCUACAACAUUAUUAUCCUACAAACACAUGCCUCUCUGCUGGAUGAAUAUAGCAGAUUCCUGUACAAGACUGAAAGCCUCGACAGACCAGGAGUUCUCAAGGACCUGAAGACUAUGGGCUCUAUCUCUCUCUUCAUCUUCUUCAUCACACUGCUAGUUCUUGCUAGACAGAAUGAAUAUUACUGUAGGUUGGACUUUCUCUGGAAGAACAAGUUUAAGAGAGAAUGUGAGGAAAUAGAAACGAUGGAGAAUCUCAACCGGGUUUUGCUCGAGAACGUCCUGCCUGCACACGUCGCAGAACACUUUUUGGCUCGCAACUGGAAAAAUGAGGAUCUGUACCACCAGUCCUAUGACGUGGUGUGCGUCAUGUUUGCCUCUAUCCCAGACUUUAAAGAAUUCUACACUGAAUCUGAUGUCAACAAGGAGGGAUUAGAGUGCCUCAGGCUUCUCAAUGAAAUCAUUGCUGACUUUGAUGAGCUCCUUUCCAAGCCUAAAUUUAGUGGGGUCGAGAAGAUAAAGACCAUCGGCAGCACUUAUAUGGCAGCUACUGGACUGAAUACAUCGUCUGUAACAGAGUACACUACCCAGGAGGAUGACAGACAGUAUAUGCACUUAGGAACUAUGGUGGAGUUUGCAUUUGCCUUGGUGGGAAAGUUGGACGUCAUCAACAGACACUCAUUCAAUGACUUUAAACUCAGAGUUGGUAUUAACCACGGUCCAGUGAUUGCUGGAGUCAUUGGAGCUCAGAAACCACAGUACGAUAUCUGGGGAAACACAGUAAAUGUAGCCAGCAGAAUGGAAAGCACUGGAGUCCUGGGAAAAAUACAGGUGACGGACGAGACAAGUCGCGUCCUUCAUAAUCUGGGCUACAUGUGCUCUUGCAGAGGGAUCAUCAAUGUCAAAGGCAAAGGAGAGCUCAAAACCUUCUUUGUGCACACAGAGAUGACGCGCUCACUGUCCCAAGGGAAUAUUAUGCCGAAAGACUGAAUCUGCAUCGACGGAGGUGCAACCUAAAGUCUUUGAUUGGGGACUGAGGAACUAUCUUUGGUAAUAAAAACAAGUGCGACUCAGGAAGAAAUCUGACUGACAAGAAGGAGAAACAGAUUUUACUGUCACUUCGCAAAAUAACUAUGCCACAGGUCUUCAGUAUUCAUUUAGUCCUUUCCGUAACAGUAUGUGUUUGUUGGACAGCAAUUAGAUGGGAAACACUACGAUUAUAAUGCAAUUUGAAUGUCACAGCUGAAAAGUGUUCAGGCUUAGUGGAAAAGAAAAGUUUCAGAUAUUCCGAAUCAGUAAUUGCGUAGCUAUGUGAUGCUUGUUGCAAUCACUGGAUACCACAGAAACCCCUGCGUUGAUGCCAGCUGCGCCACAGCAAGUCUCACUUUUCAGGGAACGGGACACUCGGGGUUGCAGAAUAACAUGCUUGGAAAACUCCAAAGCACUUUCACAGAAAUUGUAUCAGCAGAAUUUCUAAAGGACUUAUGGCACCACAAACACCGGCUUGUCGUCGGUAGUAUGAAUGUAAGUUUGUGCUCCUCUUCGAAGUAUUUUGAAAUACUACAAAUCAAGCAUUAAAAAAAAGCAGCAGAAGUCCGCUUCAAGGAUGAGGCUUGUCUUUAAACAGAAGGUUUACAAUGGACACUUCAGAAAUCUGUUAAAACCACAAAGUCUUGGAUGUAUCCUACAGACAGUCCAGAAUAUUUUGAAAUACUCUAAUCAUCUUGUCUGUAUUAUCCAAAGUGUAUUUGUCAACUCCUGCUGAAAGCAGGGGAGUUUGAGGCCAGAUGCAUAACAGUUUGUGAGAAACAGAGGAAUUGUACAUUUUCUGUUGCUUCCAGGCAGUUGUUGUACAUGUACAUACAGUUGUACAUGUUUCCCCAUCCAGCUGAAUGUAGAUUACAAUUCAAACUGAGAAUUAAAGCAUGCAGAAUUUUUGUAAGACUGAUCAUAUAAAUCUGUCAAAAAAUAAUAAUAAUUUUGCGGUCACUGUUAAACGUUCACGUUAAUGUGGCCAGGAUGUUGAUGCAAGUUUUCCAAGUAAAUAAUGGGGAAGAAUGGGCAGAAUGUCCCUUUUGAAACCAAACAGGAGUUGUGGAAGUUAACAGUGCUUUUCUGUUUUAACACACGUUUAUGCUCCUGGCCUCUGUUGCAUAGACCUGAGCCAAACAAACUCAAAGAAUUUCAGACAAAUUCUAAUGAUUUCAGUGUAAAUAUUUUAGUUUUGAGUAGUUAAAGCCUGAUUUAUGUACAGGAUAGGUUUGGUGUGUAUGGUUGCUUUGUAAGAAAAGAUACAAAAUUCUCAAAAAAAGUUUUUCUUUUGUUCGUUUUUGGAUGAUGCUAUUGUUAUUUUUUGUAAAAACCUCAAUAAAGUUUCUAUGUAAUUUA